AUGACGAUAUAUGUUAGGAAAUCACUUCUCAACGUUGCUACAACCUCGCAAGUACAACUACUCGACAGUUUAUGCAAACCUCUGGAGACGAAGUUCUAUUACCUCUUCACUACUUCACUCACUGCAUGUGGUACAACUAUGACAUCAGAACAUGGUGGGAAAACAGUCUCAUUUCAUAACAAAGUAGUUGAAAGAUUGCCAGCAUUUAAUCAAUCCGUUUCAAGAUCUAAAGAAAUCAAUUUUCCUUUCAAAUGUAAUUAUCCUCAAAGUUAUCUACUCUCAUCCGCAAUGUUUGGUCUCGCCAAUUUUUCCGUCUCACCAAACGAUGGAGGUGGAAAAGGUAACAUGUCGGUAAAAAUGGGGCUUUAUAAAGAUCAGUCGUUUAAUAAAUCACUUGUUGGAGAUCCAUCACUGAACGAACGUCUUUAUAUUGAGAUCGGACUGAAAGCGACAAAGUCGAGUUCGGAAAAGUCACCUUUUGGAAUCAAGUUAAAUGAAUGUUACGUCACUUCAAAGAAUCGCAUGGCUGAAUAUAAAUAUCUCUUGAUUGAACGAGG